AUGGCUAGGAGCACAAAAACAGUUCCAAUAAUAGACAUGGAAGAUUCAUCCGGCCAGCUGCCAGAGAAGAUCGUGAGAUCGUGCGAAGAGUUCGGGUGUUUUCGGCUCGUCAAUCACGGAAUUCCGAUUUCGGUCAUGCGCGACAUGCGGGCCGUGGCACGGUCCCUUUUGGAUCUUCCUUUGGAAGUGAAAACGAAAAACUCGAAUCCUCAAGAGCCCGCGAAAGGGUACACGCCUCCGAAUUUGGCAAGCCCGUUUUUCGACAGCUUGAGUUUGUACGAUAUGGGCUCGGAUGUUUCGGUGGAUGAGUUUUGUGCUCAGAUGAAUGCUUCUCCUCAACAGAGGGAAAUCAUACACAACUACACAUCUUCCCUUCUUCAACUUGUCCAAAUUUUGGGCACUAAGCUGCUAGAAGGCCUUGGCUUGUCUGGUUGCCAUUUCCAAAGAGGCAUCUGCCAGCUGAAAAUGAACAAUUACAAUUAUGCCCCUGAAACCGUCGGCAAAACCGGAGCUGUCUUGCAUUCGGACGCAGGAUUAUUCACGAUAUUACAGGACGACGAUGAUGUUAACGGCUUAGAGGCUGUGGACAAUUCAACCGGUGAACUUAUUUCCGUCGAUCCUUUUCCCGGAAGUCUCGUUUUUAACGUUGGGGAUAUCGGCAAGGUAUGGAGCAAUGGGAGGUUUUGCAAUGUGAAGCAUCAAGUGAAGUGCUACAAGGCGACGAGACGGAUCACUAUUGCUCUUUUCGUGUUGCCUCCUAAAGAAGGAAAGGUUGAGGUUCUUCCGGAGCUCGUGGAUUGUCGAAACCCUCCGCUUUACGUACCCUUCGAUUUUGAAGAAUACAGAAAGCUCCGAAUCUCGACAAGUUCAGCGACAGGCGAGGCUUUGGGGCAUUUCCGGACAAGCCAAGAAUUAUUGAAAUAG